GUGAAGUUAGUUCCCAGGGAAAAGAACAGAUAGCAGAUAAGAUUUGUUGCACUGUCCUCCAGUCCUGCAGGUGGCAGCAAGAGAGAAAGAGAGAGAGAGAGAGUGUGUGUCCAGGAGGAGAAGUGCUGCAUGUCUCUUCUCUGGUGAGUUGGAAAUGUGAGGACGGCAAACAUGACUUUUACUCGCACAGGACCAACCUCACGGACUACGAAGUCCUCCCGGGUUCUGGAUUCUUUCCUCCGACCUUCUUCCACAUGUUCCACCUCCUAAAGCUGCCUCAGUGGACGACAUGUCGAGGACGUUCGCCUCGUCAAAAUGAACGCCGACAAGCCCUGUGUUGCUCCAAAGCCCACAUUUGUGAUGCUGGCGUCGGCAGCCAGAGGUCCCAAACCCUGUGUGGCCCCCAAGCCUGUCCUGAAGCUCCACGGCCCGGACGCCCUCUGGGAAGGAUGCGCUACUGAGGGUGUGGCAGCGAGCGGUCUAAGCCGGGACGAGUCUGACCAAGAAGAGAUGUUUCAGAAGAUGGACGAGGACUGGAGACUGACGGAGGAAGCGGACUCCCUGGAUGCACUGUGGACCACGGACUCUGAGGACGGGGUGGAGAUGGUGGACAACACGGACGUGACGGAGGACAUGGACGAGGACGCAGGCGAGGCGUUGGCGGACGCGGACGGCCUCUCAAUGGGGGACAUUUCUGUCAACAGUGUGGACGGAAAAAAAACGACGGAAAAAACGGACGACCACGCGGCAGAGGCUCUCGGCGAAGAUCUCCUCAGCGGACACGGCCAUCGAGACGUUUGUAGAAGCACCUGGAAGAAGGAGGAAGAAGUACUCCGCAUUCAGGACCAGAUCUGGCGUGCCGUGCAGGACAGUCCGAACCCCCAACCGUAUUACGUGGCUCCAGAGGACAUCGUCAAUGAAGACCUAAUCCCGAGUUCUCACAGAGUCCCAGGAAGUCCUCUGUCCCCACAGAAGCGUUUUCACGCCGGUGUUUUAGUGGGGAAACAUCCCGGCGGCAAAGGUCCACCGGGAUGCGGCGGGAGUGAAGAUCACCAAGCAUUGAAGCAUUUCUACUGUCAGCCCAAGUUCAGGCCGAUCUGCAACUCCCAGACCUCGGAAUACCGCCUGAAGAACUACGCCGAUCAUCUUUACGAAGAUCCAGGCGACGAUAGCUCAGAGGGGGAAAAUGUCUUCCCUCUGAACCGGAGGACCACGGGAAUGCGUUCCCGCUCGCUGUCGCACCACCUAGGCAGUGAGACCGGGGGCAACCUGCUUCACGGAGCCUGGGGGAGCAGACCCGUGGUGAAGAACCACUCCAAAGCUCCCUACUUGGCUCUCUACCCACCCUCACCCCAACUCCACAGAGACACCCGAGCGUCCCCAUCUGGUAGUUCCUCCAGAUGUUCCCCUCUGUCCUCCAGCGGUCUGUCCACGCCCUCGUCUGCGGUGGACAUCCCUCCGCCUUUCGAGCUGGCCUCCAUCACCAAGAGGCCCAUGGCCAAGAGCACGCCCUCGCUCCUCGCCGACGCGGACCCCUCCGAGAAGAACCGAAAGAAGAAAUCCUCCAUCAAGCGCUUCCUGAUGCUAAAGUUCCGGCGGAAAGCGGAGAGCAAGCCCGCCGUCGCGGACUCGCCGUCAUCGGAGUCCUCGACGGAGUCCAGCCGCCCGACGCGCAGCAGGCUGUUGGACCCGGCCAAUUCUCCACAUCUUCACUCGCGCGCCACAUGCCGGUCUCAAGCGUUGCCUGAGCCGACACCCGCCUUCUUGUUCUGCCCGCAAAGAACGGGAAGCUCGGUGGCCUUCCUCAAUCGCAGCGUGGUGCGGGUGGAGUCCUUCGAGGACCGCUCCCGUGUGCCCCUCUCACCGCUCCCCCUCACCAAGCCCCGCUCCAUCUCCUUCCCCAACGCCGACAACUCCGACUAUGAGAACGUGCCUGCUGUGAACUCGGACUACGAGAACGUCCACGUCUCGCAGUGGAGGCCCCUGCGGCAGCGGGCGAUGGGGGACUUCUUUGAGCGUCCGCCGAGGGUUCUGGCGUCCGCCAACGAGACGGAUGGUUACGUGGACAUGAGCAGUCUUCCUGGGUUUCAGCGCAAGACCAAGUCACCUGUGCAGGAAGAAGAAAGCGCCUAUACUGAAGCCUACAAAGUGUGUGCGGUGGCCGCUGUUCCUCCAAGCCGCCCAGUUAGUGCCAUCAGUGGAGCCACUACAGGCCAGGAAGAUGGUGGACCAACCUCAGAGGACGAAGACGUGGGCACCAACAGCCACUAUGACAGACAGGCAGAUGGGCGAAGUCAAGCUUUUUACAUCGCCAAGGAGCUGCUGGACACUGAGAGACUACAUGUCAACGCCCUCAGGCGUCUCCAGGAAGAUUUUCGGGAAGCGGUCGGCCCCGCGGUGGGGGACGACGGAGAGCCCGUGUUGGACGAGGGAAGACUCCGUGAGAUUCUCAAUGAGCUGCCUGAUGUUUACCUCCUGCACUGCGGAAUGCUCGCCGAGCUGGACGAGCGAACCCGGCGGUGGGAGGAGACCCAGAAGAUCGCAGACAUCUUCCUGAGCAGGAAGGCAGACAUGCUGGUGUGGACCACCUACAUGGGCCACCACGACAGGAGCAUCCACCUGCUGGAGGACAGCUGCAUGGCCUCACCUGCCUUGGCACACGUCCUUGGCCAGUUUGAGCAGCAGAGUCCAUCGCUCAAGCAGCAGCUGCUGCAGGUCAUUGUGCGUGUGGCUCAGUACCCCUUGAUCCUUACAGAUUACUUGAACAACCUCUGCCCCGACUCGCAGGAAUAUGAGGACACCCAAGCUGCUAUCGUGAUGGUGGCAGACAUUGCGGAGCAGGCAAAUGACACUUUACAACACGGGGAGAACUUGCUGCGUCUGGUCAACAUCGAGUACAGUGUGCAUGGCCAGAGAGACCUGCUGCAGCCUGGACGGGUUUUUGUGAAGGAAGGCACCUUGAUGAAGGUCAGCAGGAGGAGCCCACAGCCUCGUCAUCUGUUUUUGAUGAGCGACGUCUUGCUGUACACUUUCCCACAACAGGAUGGCAAAUACAGACUGAAGAACACUCUGUCGCUCACCGGGCUCAAGGUGACUAAAGAAGUCCUAGAGAAUGUCCAACAUGCACUGAAGAUGGAGGGCACAGACAUCGCCAUCACUUUGUCUGCCAGCUCCUUCCUUGAACGAGAGGACUGGUUUUACACUUUGACUCGCACCGUGAGUGAACAUCAUCGAGUGUCUGUGCCCUCUGACAACUCUUCAGUCGAGGUGAGGAAUGGUCUGCGGCUGACUUUAGGAGAAGAGGCGCCCACGCUGGUCCCGCCGUCACAAGUGAUGAUGUGUAUGAACUGCACUUCCCACUUCGGCCUGACUCUCCGCAGACAUCGCUGCCACAGCUGUGGGAGGAUUGUUUGUAGGAGCUGCUCCAAGAACAGAUAUCCUCUCAAGUACUUGAAGGAGCGUGUGGCCAAAGUGUGUGACCGCUGUUACAACCAGCUGCAGAAGACAGGAGAAGAAGACCCGCCAGCAAAGAGCAGCCCUGGUCCGGGCCGUGCCAGUCGCCCCCUCUCUUCGGUCUUCCAGAGCAUCCACCCUCCCAACAUUUGGCGACACCGCAAAGGCACGCUCUCCUUUAAGCAGGUGACCGUGUCUGACGAGGGCUCCAUCAGCGGCAGUCUGCAUCGCAGCCACAGGAGCAGGAGGAACUGGAAGAGACUGUGGUUCCUCCUGAAAGACAAGGUGCUCUACACCUACAGGGGCCAAGAGGAGAAAGUGGCCUCAGAGAGCUUGCCCUUGUUGGGCUUCACCGUCAAGUUACCUGACACGCGGCACGGCGACGACCAGGCCAACGUCUUCCAGCUCUACCACAAGAACACUUUGUAUUACACCUUCAAAGCCCAGGACAACCACACGGCCCAGAGGUGGGUCAACGCCAUGGAGGAAGCCACCGUUUUAUAGGACGACUCAAAAAAGGACAACAGGGGAAAAAAAAGAAAAAAAAAGCUAUUAUGUCCGACAAGGUUUUUGUUCUUGAGGAAACUUUUUCACCUCCUUUUUUUCUUUUUCUUGUUCUAAACCUGCCGCCAGCAGGUGUGAGUGGCGCUGGCCCAGAUUGUUUGCCGACUGCGACACAUGAUACUUUAUAAGUCCUUUUUUUUUAUUUUAAAGAUCCGGGAGUAAUACAUUUGACAAGGUAUGUAUUCUUCUAUGACUUACUGUACUAUGUUGUGUGACACGGCCUUCCCACAGGAAGCCAUAAAGGACUGAGUGUUCACUAUGCACGCCAGGUAGACGCUCUUCAGAAGCCGCGCUUCAGACUUUGUACGCUACUGUCGCUUUAUGAAUGUUGUUUGAAAAAGGACUGCAUUAAAAGGAGAGGAGAACCA